AUGGCUGGUAGCGGCAGAAUUUGGAGUAAAUGGAGGCUACAAUUUUUUGAAAUGAAGUGUUGUUUGAAUCAAUGUAAAAGUAAUUUGAAGAAAGGAGCUAUGCUAUACCGUUUUCCUGCUGCUAAUAAGAAUUAUGAAUACAAAUCUGAUCGACGAGCUGCUUGGAUACAAGCUGUUAGAUCCAAUAAUUUAGAUCCUACAUGGGAGCCUAAAAAUCAUAGAAUUUGCAAUCAACAUUUCAUUGGAAAUUUAAAGUCUGAAGAUCCACGUAGUCCCAGUUUUAAUCCAACUGUAUUUCCUAGAUUUAAGAAAAUUUCUAUUCUUCCUGAGGCAGCAAUUGAACGAUAUAAUCGUUUCAUAAAUAGAAAUAAAACACGCAAUCAUUCGACUGCAGCACAAACUACGAAUGAAAGCCAGAUAAAAACAUUAAGUGAAAUAGAUUUGGAUUUGAACACUGACAAUUUUGAACAUGUACCAAUGCCUGUAGCCGAUACUUCUAUUUUAAAGAAAGAUGUCAUGACUCAAGUAGAAUCUGAAGAAUUACUCAGUGAUGAAAGUAGCAGUGCAGUAACUCAUAACAUUAUUUUGUGCAAUUUAAAGUCAGCAGUUAUCGAUGGUAAAAUUAAUUGGGAGGCACAGACCCAGUGUUCAGAAUCGACUGAUAGCAGUUCUAAAAGUGAUGCCAAAAUAACAGAAAAAUCAAUUGAUAGUUUUUCAGAACUAUUUGAUGUAUUUGGCAUCAGAGGUUUCAAAGGUUAUGACGGUUUAAAUGAAGAAAGCCUAGAAUACAUAACUGGGGUCAGUCCUGGUGUUUUUAAAUUGCUUCUGAAAGUGAUAUUGAAAUGUAAAUGUGGUCGCUUUUUUGACAACAAUAAGAAGUGUAUAAGCCAAGAAAAUAAGCUUCUUAUCUUUCUUGUGAGAAUGAAAACAGGAAUGACAUUUUCUGCAAUAAGUUCUUUCUUCGGUAUACAUAGAACAACUGCGUCCACAAUAUUUUAUAAGCUUUUAGAAUUCUUAGCAAUUGCAUGCAAGGAGUUUGUGCCUUGGCCAACACAAGAUGAAGUGCGAGGAACUACACCAGACUGUUUUAAACCUGAUAAUAGUAAUUGCAGGAUAAUAAUUGAUGCUAUAGAAUUCAGAAUAGAGCAACCACCACAUAUAGAUCAACAAAUUCAAACCUGGUCUCAUUACAAAAGUGGAUUAAUAACAUUUAUGAGUGGUGGCUAUGGAGGCAGAGCUAGUGAUGUUCAAAUUACUGCUGCAUCUAAACUUAUGCAAUUAUUAGAAAGUGGUGACAUCAUUUUGGCUGGUAAGGGGUUUCCAACUAUUCAAGAAAAACUCAUGCAAAAUGGUAAACAUGUGUUGACAGUUUUGUUCAAAAUCAUCAUCUGGAUGAAGUUCAAAGAGAAGAGCAGAGGAACAUUGCUAGAGUAA